AAUACUACAUCAACGCCGAGGUGGACGGAGACCGGCGACGCGGCACUUGUUUCGAUGACUAUGUGGGAGGCUGUAAAUUGCAAUAAUUUACAGGCUUUGAAAGGUUUUCUGGAUGUUGGCGCUGAUCCCAAUGUGUUUGAGGGCAAUUCGACGACCUCGCCUCUCAUCGAAUCCGCCAAGCAUGGAUUUGUGAAGUUAGUAAAACUCCUUCUCGACUACGGUGCAUGCGCUAGUAAAGUAGAUUCGGGAAACAAUACAGCACUGCAUUGGGCAGUUGUUCGAAAUCAUAGGCAAUGCGUCUCGAUUCUAGUGAAUUACAGCAGUCUCACAGAAGUCACCAAUGCCAAUGGCAAUACGCCUCUGAUGGAGGCUGUUGCUGGAUCGAAUUUGAAGAUGGUGCGAUUUCUCCUCGAACACGGUGCUUCAUGCGGCUAUAAAAUGAACCAACACAAUAAGUCUGCUCUCACAAUUGCCUCCUCCAAGGGUGAUAUACGGAUGGUGCGCCUAUUACUACAUAGUUCCAACGCUAUGGAGGACCGUAGCAGAGAGUUGUACGCAGCACUUGCCGUUGCCGCAGCUGGAAAUUUCGUGCAAGUCGUUCAGAAGUUGCUAGAUUAUGGAGCAUGUGUAAAUUUGACUGACGAGACUACUUUGUCACCACUUCAUUCCGCUGCCCUUGCAGGCAGCGUGGAGGUCAUUGAACUGCUCAUCAACUAUGGAGCAGACUUGGAUGAGUAUGAUAAUAACGGCUACACACCACUCAUGGAGGCUGCUAGAAGAGGUCAAGAGGAGGUGAUCAAGGUGCUGCUAUACGCAGGUGCAAGCGCAAACAAAAUUUCAGAAGAUGGAAGAUACAGAGCUUUUGAUCUAUUCUCAGGAGUUCGAAACUCCAUGGCGGCGAGAAUGCUCCUGCUGUCUGAAUCGGCUGAUGGGCCAUCGAUGCAAGAGUAA